UUAAAUCAAUGAAAAAAUAAAUGUAUAUUCUUUUAACUACUGCGUUUAUCGUCAAUAGAAAAACAAAACAAAGUUGUAAAUGUAAUUUCUGUGUGUUGAAUCACGAAAAAUACGUAGUAAAAUGAAUAGUAAAUAUCAAUUUCUGAAGUAACUUUAGUUUUCAACAAACAAUUUUUUUUUACGGACGAAACUCCCGAAAACAGUGAAAGUAGUUCUAAUGAGAAUGUCUCCGCCGAAACAGACGACGCUCCACACGAAAAACGUUUAAAAUUGUGGCACGAUACUGACUUGGAAGCUCUGGAAGUACCAUGGAAAAAUUUGACUUUCAUACACUCACACAUCUCGAAAACAACUUAGAUGGUCUCGACAAGAAGCAGAGAGACAAGACGAUCACUCGUGCGGUCCAUUAUGUCGUCGAUCAUGUGCGAGAGAUCAGUGAUCAUGCUCCAGCCAUAGCUUUUAGAUCAUUAUCUAAAAAAAUGUAUGCAAAAUUUGAUAAAAUUUUUUAAGAUACAUUUUCGAAUGGAAGUCGUCAAGGUUCUAGUUAUGCAACCUUGGAAAAUAAAUUGCUGGAACGCAAUAGAUAUUUAAAUCGCCCACAUCUAACUAAUAGUCUUCAAAGAACGACUUCAAGUCGAUCAAAGCUGGUUGCGUAAGUUGGCAAACGAAUUUCGAAAAGAGUUACGAUAAAGACACUGCAGAAACGAUAAGACUACAUUUUUUAAAUUAUAACGAUAUUCAAAUGCAAAAUCAAGAUGACUUUACAAAUUGCAUCACAGAUUUUGCUAAUUGUUUCCCACUUCAAAGGCUUCUUCUAAAUCGAAAGGAACCUCCAGUCGCAGCAACUAUUAAAGAGCUAUGGCCAUGCUUAUUUACCGACCUGUUUGCUGAAAUCCAUUUUCAAUUAUUGACUGGAAAACCAACAACCGAGUUUAAAGAAAAUUUUGAAUCAUAUGUACUCAGAAUGUUAAUCUACGAUCAUGUAACGCUUGAUUCAGCAACUAACGCAUUCAAAAACUGGACCGCAGUGAAAAUUAUUUUCAAGUAUUUUAAAGAAGAUUAUUCAAAUCUAUUCACCAUUGUGGAGGUCGACUUUGACAUGAAUAACAUGCCACUUACUCAUACAUAUCCGUUCAUUGUCAUUAUUGGUGGCUUACCAAUAGAGGAACAUGAUAAUGAGGACAAUCAUGAUGAUAGCACCAGAAAAUAUGCUGUAGUAGUUGAUGGUAUAACUUUCCCGAAGGUCAACUGUUUGGUUGAAGCACUCAGGGUAAUGCUUAUAGUUUAUUUCAAUAUAAACCACACAUACCCAAAAGAAUGUGCUCAUUUUCUAGAAUGCAUACAAAGAUUUUUUUUAGAAAUAUAUCCUACCGAAGGAACCAGAAGCAAUAAUCAAGCUACAGUCAGAAAAGUUCUUACAUUUAUAAAGAAGAUUAAGAAAAUAGAGAUAACAGAGAUAGAUUCGUAAUAAUAUAUCGUUACCACUUUCAUUUUAGUAUAGGGCUCCUGUUUAUCACGUACAAUUUCGAGAAUGAAAAAAAAAACGUAAAAAAGUUCAUUAAAUAAUAAGUUAUGUAACUAUUAUGUUAUCAAAAAAUCAUAAA